AUGUCGAAGCGAGUGACGCUCUUCGAUCCCCCGGCGCUAGAUUCCUCCAAGGCGCCAAUCGAAAAUGUGUUGGAGCUAACGCCAGUGGUUGACAUUGGACCAGAUGUGUUCACCAACACUCGCCCCCUUUGGCACCCUCCUGGAGCCCGCGGCAUCUACGGGGGAGCCGCAAUCGCCCAGUCUCUCGCCGCUGCGAUGCGAACCGUCCCCGCCGAUUUCGCCGUCCACAGCAUGCACUGCUAUUUCGUCCUGGCCGGCGACUCCGAAAUCCCGAUUUUGUAUCAUGUCGAACGGGUGCGCGACGGCAGAAGUUUUAUCACCCGAACUGUGCAGGCUCGGCAACAAGGUCGCCCUAUUUUCACUACUACAUUGAGCUUCGGCAGGGCCAAUAGCGGCGGAAAGAAGACAAUCGAACAUGCGUCAUCUAUACCCCCAAUUUCCGUCCCCGAGGAGCCAUUAGAGGACAUUAUAAAGAAGAUUGAAGAAACUGGUGGAGGGCCGUUCCAGUCUGCAAAGGCCGGGAUAGUGAACCGCGAGUUGAGUCCCGAACAACACAAACUCAGGCGAUGGGUACGCUCUCGAGGCAGGAUUUCAGAAGCCGGGGGCCAACAGGCCCACCUCUCUGCGCUUGCGUACAUUACCGAUAGUUUCUUCAUCGGGACCGUUGCCCGAGUACACAACAUUCCUCGAUUUUCGUCAAGUGCUGAACUGAAGAUGGUCCUCAAGGCACUUAAGAACCCCUCUGAUCUUGAUGACGAGGAUAUCGCACGAUCAUUAAGUGAGCUUAAGGAGGAAGAGACGGCAGACUUGCGACGCCGCCUGGAAGGCGCUUUGAGCAAGAUCAACGACGAGAGAAGCAAGAAGGAUCACAAGGAGAUCGGAAUGAUGGUCAGCCUUGACCAUUCCAUUUACUUUCACAACCCGUGGGCUUUCCGUGCGGACGAGUGGAUGCUCACAGAGAUGGAGAGUCCCUGGGCUGGUGAGGGCAGGGGCCUGGUACUGCAGAAGAUCUGGGCCAAAGACGGGACUCUAAUUGCUACCUGCACGCAAGAGGGGGUCGUGAGAUUGAAGCAGGAUGAGCCAGCUCGCGCGAAGAUCUAGAAGUAUCUCGACAAUAGAGAUAGAUACUCUUCAAGCUUGCCUUCAACGUUGCUUACUGGUUGAUUUCCCACUUGUUAAUAUUUUCUCUUCUCUGGAGAUGCUCUUUUUUUUUUUCACUCUCUUGGGUACCUAGGUGCUCUUGCUUUACCCUGCACAUAUGUUCUUUUGUCUCCCGAAAUAUCUAGAGCUCUCGAAAGUAGACUGGCAUAAUAUGUACAUAGCAAGAUACUAGCGCAUAAUUUUAGGAUUGUUAAGACGUUUGUAU